AUGAAGAUUACCAAGCUGCUCGCCCUUUUCGCAAUUUUACCCAUUGUAUGUUUGUGUGGGAAUGAGGAAGUAGAUGUCAUCUCCCAGAAUGAUAAACUUAAGAAGGAAGACCUGGAUGUGGACACCAAAAUUAAAAAACAUUUACAGAAGAGAAAAUUAAUGAUGAUGUCAAUGAUUGCAGCGGCGGUACUCGCUGUGGGGGGAAUACUCGGUGGAGUGGGCUAUGGCAUCGCUAAACAACGCAAAAAAGCACGAAUGGAAGAGGAUGAGCCAUUUACAGAUAUUCUUGAAGACAUUCAUCCUCAGAAAAACACAACCUCCUUUAAAAUGACAUCGGAAACCAUAAUACCAGAAAUCAAUGUUUCUAUCCCAGAGGCUACCGGACAUGUAUCCCCACUCAAUGUCGAAAUGGAAGAUAUUGAUGGUGAUACAGGUGAGCGUAUGUGGAAUUAA